AUGCGCUUGCUUACGCUGUCUGCUUUCUUUGCGCUACUCCCGUACGCUCUUACGAGCCCGGUUUUCCACAACUCCACUGUUCACGAUGAUAUCAAUGCGCGUGCGCCAUCCAGCUCUAAGUCUGUCAUCAUUCAAAUGUUCGAGUGGAACUGGGACAGCAUCGCUGCGGAGUGCACAAAUUUUAUAGGACCCGCUGGCUAUGGUUAUGUUCAAGUUAGUCCUCCUCAAGAACAUAUCAAAGGAUCUCAGUGGUGGACAGACUACCAACCCGUCUCCUACAUCCUGACUUCAAAACGUGGAAAUCGAGAUCAGUUCAAAAACAUGAUUUCAACAUGCCAUGCAGCUGGAGUCAACGUUAUUGUCGACACUAUCUUCAAUCAUAUGGCUGGGAUCGACUCCGGCACCGGCACAGCAGGAAGCUCCUUCACACAAUACGUCUAUCCUGGAAUUUAUCAGUACCAGGAUUUUCAUCAUUGCGGCCUUACAAAGGGAAAUGAUAUUGUCGACUAUUCCAAUCGCUACCAGGUGCAAAAUUGCGAGUUGGUAAAUUUGUCUGACCUUGCAACUGAGACGGAAUACGUUCGUUCGCGUUUAGCUGCCUACGCUAACGACUUGUUGUCGUUGGGGGUUGAUGGGCUCAGACUCGAUGCUGCGAAGCAUAUUCCAGCCGGGGAUCUAGCGAACAUUGUGAACAGGCUUUCACGCCGUCCUUAUAUUACCUCCGAGGUAAUUUGGGGUGGUGGGGAACCCAUUCAACCUUCAGAGUACACAGGCAUAGGCGACGUUCAAGAAUUCCGGUACACCACUGCCCUCAAAGACUCGUUUUUGGGCGGAGGAAUUUCGAAUCUGCAAAAUUUGGAAAAUAGAGGCUGGGUAUCCGGAUCGCAAGCAAACGUCUUUGUCGCUAACCAUGAUACAGAGCGGAACGGCGCCUCCUUAACUGUUAACUCCCCUUCUAAUACCUACAUUACCUCUCACGUAUUUUCUCUCGCCCACCCUUAUGGAACUCCUACCAUCCUUUCAAGCUAUUCGUUCGGAGGACAUGAAGAAGGGGCUCCUAAUGGAGGGGUUGCAUCAUGCUCAUCGACGGGAGGUUCCGGAGGUUGGCUCUGCCAACAUCGCUAUAUUGCUAUUAGUGGCAUGGUCGGUUUCCGCAACAAUGUUGGCUCAGCGGGCCUAACAAACUGGGUUUCUCCUCAAUCCAACAGAAUUGCUUUCGGAAGAGGCGCCCUUGGCUUCGUAGCCAUUAAUAAUGCCGAUUCUGCAUGGAGCACUACAUUUUCAACUUCUUUACCUUCGGGGUCGUACUGCGAUGUGAUUAGUGGGAAAAGCUCCUCAGGAUCUUGCACUGGCAACACGAUUAGUGUUUCCAACGGCCAAUUCACAGUUACCGUUCCCGCUCGAAGCGCUGUCGCCAUUCAUACCGGUGCCACAAGUUCUUCUCCUGGAACUGUUGACCCUGGCACUGGCAAUCCUAAUCCCGGACCUGUUUCCGUGACAUUCCAAGUCACUGCCACGACAACAUGGGGCCAGAAUAUUUUCCUCGUUGGAAGCCUCUCGCAACUUGGAUCUUGGACCGCAGCUUCAGCGGUCGCUCUUUCGUCUGCAAAUUAUCCUGUGUGGAGCGCGACAGUUUCAAUUCCUGCGGGCACGAGCUUCGAAUACAAGUUCAUUAAGAAGAAUUCAGACGGAAGUAUUAACUGGGAGUCAGAUCCCAACCGCCAAGCAACUGCUUCUGGAGGAGCACAGACUUUGUCCCAGUCCUGGAGAUAG